AACCAAGAUGACUGAAGAGAGAGCGGAUGUUUCCGCACUUCGGGCCGAGGGCCACUCUUUCUCCCCUGGCGGCCCCGCUCUCGAUGGUGGCACGGGUCACGUGACGGGGGGCGGAGUGACGGCGCGUCCUCACCUCUUGGAGGGAAUUAGCUUCCCAGGCCGAGAAGGGAGGGGAUUCGGCCUCGGGAGGGUGGGGGGCGUGACAUGUCUCUCGAAGAUCCUUUUUUUGUAGUCCGAGGCGAGGUGCAGAAGGCGGUGAACACGGCCCGUGGGCUGUACCAGCGGUGGUGCGAGCUCCUGCAGGAGAGCGCGGUGGUCGGACGCGAGGAGCUGGACUGGACGACCAACGAGCUGCGGAAUGGCCUGCGCAGCAUCGAGUGGGACCUCGAAGACCUGGAGGAAACCAUUGGCAUAGUGGAAGCCAACCCCGGCAAGUUCAAGCUCCCAGCUGGAGACCUUCAGGAGAGAAAAGUGUUUGUGCAGAGGAUGCGGGAAGCAGUGCAGGAAAUGAAGGACCAUAUGGUCAGCCCGGCAGCCGUAGCCUUCAUGGAGAGGAAUAACAGGGAGAUGGUGACAGGCAAGCCGGCCACCCUGAAGUCCUCCAGCGACUUGCUGGACGCCAGUGUGGUCUCGACCACCUCUCGCUACAUUGAAGAGCAGCAGGCCACACAGCAGCUGAUCCUGGACCAGCAGGAUCAACAGCUGGAAAUGGUGUCUGGGAGCAUCUCAGUUCUGAAACACAUGUCCGGCCGUGUUGGGGAGGAGCUGGACGAGCAGGGCAUUAUGCUGGACGCCUUUGCUCAGGAGAUGGACCACACCCAGUCCCGGAUGGAUGGGGUCCUUAGGAAGAUGGCCAAAAUAUCCCACAUGACCAGUGACCGCCGACAGUGGUGUGCCAUCGCGGUGCUGCUGGGGGUGCUGCUCCUGGUCCUCAUCCUCUUCUUCUCUCUCUGAUCCUGGGCCUCCCCAGGGGGCGGUCCCUCCAGCUGCGGGGGGCUGGCAGGGCCCUGCCCCCGAGAGGACUGGGAGGUCAUGCCGGGAGAGCUGUCCCAAGGCUCUCAUCUGGAGAGGACCCUCAGGGCUCCGGGCUGGAGCCUCUACUACCAGUCUGGUCUUAAGUGUACUUAGGGGGUGGUGGAGGAGGGGGACCUCAGACACACCCCUCUCCAUCUCUACUCCUCAGAGCCAUCACUUUGCCCCUGUGCCUUCUACAUGUGCCAACUUAGAAAUAAAAUCCCAGCCUUUAUUAUA